UUCAUGUUAGUCAUGUGCUGAGCUUAUGUACACAGAAAUAUGCUUAUUUUUAUGCUUUUUAUGUUUUCCUUGCAUCAUAUGAGGUCAUGUUCCUGUAGGAAAUUAAGUGAUUUGAGUUGUCUCUGUGUUCAACAGUUACUUAAUGAAAAAUUCACGUUUCUUAUCAGAACAUAUUAGGAUUCAAAUCCAUAUAAAGAACACAAGAGCACUCUGUCAUAUAGGCAAAAGAUGAAGAACCACUUCAAUGUUAGUGCCCUCACAAGCCUGAGCGUUCCUGUGACUCUGGGAAAUGCUUGUGGAAUUGAUUUCAGUCAAGAUGGCAUCUUCCUUCCCGUCCUGUAUGGAAUCUUCUUCAUCAUCGGCACCCCUUUAAACCUGCUGGCGCUCUUUGGGCUCUACAAACUCAUCCAGUCGGAGAACGUUCUUCCAGUUUAUGUCAUCAACCUUCUGAUCGCAGACCUGAUUCAACUUCUGACUUUGCCUUUAUGGAUAGAUUACUAUGCCAAUGGACACAAUUGGCGCUUUGGACCCCAGAGCUGUCAGUUCAUGGGUUUGUUUUUUUACAUUAGCAUUUAUUCAGGCAUAUUCUUCAUGUGUAUCAUUGCUCUAGAACGUCACCUGGCCAUCGCCAGACCUCUCAGUUUCAAGUAUCUCCUUAACUUGAAGUUUGCUCGCUGGAUAGCACUCAGCAUUUGGAUUCUAAUUGCGGUGCCACCUGCCAUUGCGUUAAACAAACUCUUUCCCAAGCAGGAAAAUUACACUCUUUGUAUCGAGAAGUAUCCCUCAGAGGGCAGUUUUAUCACCUACAGACUAAUUACUCUGCUUUUGUCCUUCAUCAUUCCCCUGAGCUUCAUUGUCGGUCUCCAUAGAGAGACUGUCCGCUCGCUGAUGGCAAUCAACCGGCUUUUAUCCGAGGAGAAGAGAAGUAUCAGGGGUCUGCUCACUCUUCUGGUGGCCGUAUUUGUCAUGGUGCUGGGACCCUAUCAUUUCAUCGGCUGUUUGAAGUACGUCGGACUGCUUAUACACAACAGUCCGUGUGUUUGGGAAAAGGCUAUGUUUAUGCCCUAUCAGUUAGGACGAGGCUUUCUGAGCCUUAACAGUUUGCUGGAUCCUGUGUUUUACAUCUUUCUCCGCAAAGACUUUCGUGCAACCGCUGGGAAGUACUUGCCUUGCCUGAGGAGAGUGAGGAACAGAUCGUAUCGGACAGAGAAUGUGUCAAGCUCUACUCUAGACUGUUCUUAAAGAUUUCCUCCUGGUUAUGUAUUUGAUAUACACUUUGGACAAAAAACUAAGAAACUAUACCAAACUCAUACUCAAACUCAUAAGGCCCUUAGACAAAUGAUUUAGCAUCAUUGCUCAUUCUUAAUUAGAAGACAUAUGGCAUUGCUAUGCUUUUAGUUAGCCUUGCUUGCUCCUGAAUUUUGUUUUUCUGUUGAGCAUUUCCACAUCUGCACUGCUGGACUGAUUU